ACUACUUCCUCAUUCAAAUUGUAAGAGAACGUAUCAAGUUUUGCAACAGAACAAGGCCCUAGUAGAUCACAUCAAACUACACCAGAUUGCUUCAUUCCUCGUUUCAAGAUGGCGACUAAGGUUUGCCCGAAGUUUUUGUUCCUUCUGGUGUUUCUGACAUUUUGCGAAGGAGGAAUGGUAAACAUCACGAUAGAAGGCUGGACUGUCCCUGUCUGUGAGUCUUCAUCUCUAUGCAACCCACAGAAUGGAUGCACUUCAGUAAACCCCGGCUCAGAUGUGACAUGCCGAUGUGAUCCGCUAUGUCUCUUCUUCAAGGACUGUUGCCCCGAUUACUUGACAAGUUGUGCCAAUGCCACGCUUCCUAUUCACUUUCUUGACGCAACCGAGAACAUUGUGUCUGACCAGUUGUCUUGCCUGGUCCCUCCACAUUCACAUUCUUCUGGAAACAAUACAGCCUUCUUAAUGAUUGAUGAGUGUAUGUCGGAUUGGAGCAACGAGUUGACGAGGGAAUAUUGCGAAAGCUCGGCAUAUGAAUCCGACUUUUUCACUCUGGCACCUGUUUCUUUAGGGUCAUCCAUCAGUUUUAAGAAUGCGUACUGUGCCAUUUGCAACAGGAAGAAUAUUCUUGAUGUUAUGCCUUGGUCCUUUCAAUUCGAAUGUGGGUCUCACAUCCCGAUCAUAUCCGCCAAUGCGACCUUCCAAGAGCGUAUUCAAAUCUUGAUGGAGAAUUGUACUAACUGGUUCUUCAUCCCUCCACCAUCUGGUCUAACGGAUGUGAGAAUGUGUUCUAAGUUUGGAGGACUUGAGACUUGUCAGAAUACACAUGACGAAGAAGAGUCAGUGGCUAUCCGACGUGCUUGCCAUUCUUAUCUAGCAAGUUUUGUGUCACUCCAAGAUGGCCUACAACAUUUCCGUCUCGUCAUUGAGUGA